AUGGCUGACGCACUGGCUACUCUAGCCUCGAUGAUUAAGGUGAACAAAUUAGAAAUCAUGAAGCCUAUUCAGAUGAGCAUAUAUAAAGUUCCGACUCAUUGCUACAAUAUUGAAGAGGAGGGAAAAGAUGAUCACCCUUGGUAUCAGAGUAUACUACAAUAUGUGAAAAAUCGAAAAUACCCUGAUCAAGCGACAGAAAUUGACAAGAGAACACUGAGAAGAAUAGCCAUUGAAUUUGUCUUAGAGGGGGAAAUGUUGUACAAGAGAGGGAAAGAUCAAGUGCUGUUAAGAUGUGUAGAUGCUGUGGAGGCUAAAAAGAUCCUAGAAGAAGUCCAUGACGGGAUUUGCGGAACCCAUGCAAAUGGCUUUACAAUGGCCAGAUAG